AUGUCGACUCAGCCACAUCUUGUCGCGGGAGUAACACCAGCGACGCCCGCGUCACCGGAAUUCUCUGCACUCCAGCAGCAGCAGCAGCAACGCAAACCGACUUCCUACUCUUUCUUCUCUGCUGCCAGGAAUCACUCCUCCUCCACCGCUCAUUUUUCUGCUGCUCCCGGCCGUCAUCACCAGGACACUUCCGUAUUCAUCAAUCAGCAGCCUCAUCUCAUCUCGCCGCCUCUAUCCGACAAGCCACACCAACCUGGACCCCAUAAUACCCCGUCGGCCAAAUCCGCCGCGACAACCACGACGACGAAUACGAGGUCGGCAGCCCCUGGUCGUGAUGCCCGAGCCUCCACAGCUCUGUCAUCUCCCACCACCUCCCCCCCCCCUCUGAACAGCCAAAUCUUCCCUCUCCUCCGCACGACUAGCAGCAUCCUCCCCGAAUCCGAAAUCGUCCACCCGAGACCAAUCUCCCUACCUCCAACCCGCACAUCCUCCUGCAGCAACACUCCCCUGCCUCCCAUCGCCUCGCCUCCGCUGCAUCGGCAAGUCAACGCCCACAGCAGCGCCAACGCCAACGGCAGCAGCAGCAACAACAGCAACGUUGCCAACCUCGAGGCCGCAGCCGAGAGGCUGUCCACAAGCACCAGCUCCAUCGGCGAUGCCAUCCGUCAACUAGACAGCGAGCUCAAACGCACACAGACCCAGACAACCGCCACCUACAGCCCAAGUCACAGCCACACACAGAGCCGGCCCCCCUCGGUCCAGCUGAAACGGCACCUGUCCAACGCGUCGUCCAUCGUCGCCACGAACAGCGCCGCGAGAACAGGCGGAUACUCGCCCGGAGGCUUCAUCAUGAGUGUCCUGUCCACCUCGAAGCCCCUGUCGCUCGCCGACAUAUCUGAGUCGGAGCCUACCUCGCUCGGCCGGGACGCUCUCGAUGCCGCCGAUGCCGCCGAGUCCAUCCACGAUGACGCAAUCCCCACCGGCAACCCCUGGGACACGGACAACGACGACGACAUCAACAGCUCGCUCGCCCACAUCCUCAACCGUGGCGUCACCCCGAUGAGCCUGUCGGCCGAAGAAGCACCCUCCGGGGAUGCAGCGGCGGCGCCUCAUGAGGAGGAGCAGGAUGACCCGAGACCCCCCAGCUCCCACUAUACUCAGGACGACACGAGACCUCCCAGCUCGCAUUACACCCAGGAGGAGCAGCCGAGGCCGCUCAGCGCCCAGUCUGCCGCCACCUUCCAGCAGGCACGCGAUGCCUUCGUGGACUUUGACGGCGUGCACUGGGAGCCCGAGUCGGACGACUCCCUGGCACGAGCCCUGGGCUUGGUCCCCGCUCAGGCCUCGGCGCAGGCCUCGGCGCAGGCCUCGGCGCAGCCCCCCGCACAGGCCCCGGCCGUGCCCGCGGUCGGGGGCGAAUCCGACGCGCCCGCGGCGCACUUCAACCCCACGGGCAUGGCCGUGCCGCCCCAGACGUACGUGGACCAGGACACGGGCCGCCAGAUGCGGUACUACCCGGUCCGCGUGCCAGCCAUGCUCAACCUGCCGCCCAAGCUGUCCAAGCAGAAGACGCACGAGCACAACGCCCGGCGGUCCAAGGUCCUGAGCGUCAUGGCGACAGACCACGCACCGGGAGCGCAGCAGCAGCAGCAGCAGCAGCAGCAGCAGCAGCAGCAGCAGAAGCAAAAGAUGAGGCGCCACUCGGAGAUGCCCGACGUCGGUGCCGAAGCAUCGAGGGAUUCCUGGCUGCCGGACCCGCUUGCCGGUCAGAGGAACUCGUUUGGAGCCCUGUCUCACGUCCGAUGGGCCUCCAUCUCGGAGCCUCCCUCGACAUCGUCUGAUCGGCAGCAGGAACAGGGCCAGACCCACCCGGCACCGCAGGAUGAGUCAGGCAAGCCAGCUGACGCCGUCGAGGGACAGCAGCGGCAGGAGCACCGCGACGAGGGAGCAGGAGGUCAAGACCCGUCGUCCCCGCUGCGUCGGCCACAGAAACUGUCCCAACCGGACCGUGCUGCCGUGCGCAUGACGCGGCUGAACAACCUCCCUCCUCAGCUGCGGGCCAGCGCCUUCUUCGACCUGCCCCCCGCCCCGCCGAUGGCCGAGGUGGUCAAGCCGGCGCAGGACGGGUCCGCCAUGGACACGCUCGAAAGCUUCCUGGACGCCUCGACCAACGCGCCGGCCGACGCUUUCGCCAGCAACGGCAUCCCCAACAACGACGGCAUGCAUGGCAACAAGAAGAAGGGACACCACCGCGUCCCGACCUCGCCGUCCAACCUCGCCGACGCCCCCGCACCCAGCCCGCCCAAGGAAGCCAAGAAGAAGUCGUCGUUCGCAUGGUUCAGGCGAAACAAGAAGGCCACCCAGGAGGAAGAAGAAGAAGCCGCUGCCGCCGCCGCGGCAGCAGCAGCCGAUGUCCGGUCCGACUCGGAGACUUCGGAGACGCAGGCCCUCAACAGCAGGAACGGCGGCGGCGGCGACGACGACGACGACGACGACGCGGAUGAGGAGCCGGGUUUCAACGGCCAGCCGACGACGCUCCUCGCCGAGCUCCAGCAGCGCAAGCACCAGCAGGCGCAGCGCACGCAGCGCCCCUACGGCGAGUCGUCGCACAUGACGCUCCUCGAGAUGGACGCCGUGGCCGAGCGGCAGCGUCAGGAGCGCCAGAGCAAGCGUGUCAACCUGGUGUGGGAGGAUCCCGACGCCCACCGCGACCAGAACGGCUCCGACGACGAGGACGUGCCGCUGGCCCUGAUCGCCGCCAAGCGCCUCGGCGCCAGGUCCAUGGCCGACCUCGGCCAGCCCGCGGGGCUCAUAGAGCAGCGCGAGAUGGAGGACAACGAACCGCUCAGCCACCGCCGCGCCCGUCUGCAGGGGCUCGACCCCCGCGCCAGCAUGGCCUUCCCCGCCGCGGCCAGGAACCGUGCCAGCACGGCCACGCUGUCCGGUCUCGUCCCGGCCAGCUCGCACUCGCGCAACGGUAGCGCCAUCAACCUGGCCACGCUGUCCGGCCCCAUCCCGGCCUACUCACACUCGCGCAGUGGCAGCGCCAGCAACCUGAAUGAUGACCAGCAUGCAGCAGCCGGACCCGAAGAGCCAGAGGUGGAAGGGGAGACUCUGGGGGAGAGGAAGCGCCGUCUGGACGCCAAGUCCCUGCCACCCGCACGACCCGUCAGCAGCGCCUUCUCGGCAGAGCUCCUCAGCCAAUUCGGCGACCUGCUGGACGAGGGCAGACCUACCGGUGCCGACGAGGCUGGCGCCGCGGCCGUCAACGAAGAAGACGAGACGCUAGGCCAGAGGAGGGCACGUCUCCAGGCCGAGAAGCAGGCACGCGAACGGGAAAUGGGCUACAGGGGGGACCAGCCCCAGCCCCAGACCGAGACCCAGGGCCAGCAGGGCCAGCAGGGCCAGCAGGGCCACGCCAAGUCCCAGAGCAUGAGCAAGCGUCUCAGCAUGGCAGACAUGCUAUCUGCCUACCCACGACGGACGAACUACCAGCAGCAGAUACCCUCGUCCGGCGCGGACCGAUCCGGCGGUUUCAAAGGCGGUCUGUACAAUGACGGACAGGGCGGGGCGGCGAGGCUGUCUACCACUUCCCUGCAGCAGCCUGCCACCCAGAACCAACACCAGCGCCAGCCGUCGCUGCAGCUUCCGCAGCAGCCGCCGCCGCAGCAGCUCAAAAUGGCCAGGCACAGAUCUGCCGUGGGCCUGGGUGCGUACUACGCCGGUGGCGGGUUCGGGGGCCAGCAGAUGGGCAUGCAGCAGCCGUCUGCGUACGGGUACGGUGCCGGGCUUGGCACGAAUAUGAAUGGGUACCGUGGGAGCAUGCAGAUGCCGAUGCCCAUGUCUGGGGAUGCGCUGCACCCCAACAUCAACCGGGUCGAGCAGUGGCGUCACGGUGUCAUGCCGUAG